AUGGCGGCGGCACCUACCCAGAUCGAAGCUGCUUGUAUCUCUCUUCCUUGCCUCUCUCUCAACAUCUCCCCCACCCCCACCCCUUCUUUAGAGCUGUAUUACCUGAUCGCUAGGUUCUUGCAGUCCGGACCCUGUAACAAAUCCGCUCAGGUGCUAGUGCAAGAGCUCGAGGAGCAUCAGCUGAUUCCGCGCCGCUUAGACUGGGAGGGGAAAGAGCACCGAAGAAGCUUCGAGGAUCUGGUGGCAGCCAAUGCACACAUUCCUCCAGACUACCUCCUUAAAAUUUGUGAGAGGAUUGGUCCCUUAUUAGAUAAGGAGAUCCCUCAGAGCGUUCCUGGGGUACAGACAUUACUAGGUGUUGGUCGGCAGUCUCUGUUACGGGAUGCCAAAGACUGUAAAAGUACACUAUGGAAUGGGUCUGCUUUUGCAGCUCUACACAGAGGCAGACCUCCAGAACUACCUGUAAAUUAUGUGAAACCUCCAAAUGUGGUGAAUAUCACCUCAGCCAGGCAAUUAACCGGAUGUAGUCGCUUCAGCCAUGUUUUCCCCUCAUCUGCUUACCAGCACAUCAAGAUGCAUAAGAGAAUUCUGGGGCACUUAUCUUCUGUCUACUGUGUAGCAUUUGAUCGAACUGGGAGGCAAAUUUUCACAGGCUCAGAUGACUGUUUGGUGAAAAUCUGGGCUACAGAUGAUGGACGCCACCUGGCUACACUUCGAGGGCACUCUGCUGAAAUUUCUGACAUGGCUGUUAACUAUGAAAAUACUCUCAUUGCUGCAGGCAGCUGUGAUAAAGUUGUGAGAGUAUGGUGUCUUCGAACUUGUGCACCAGUUGCUGUCCUUCAGGGACAUUCAGCUUCUAUCACUUCCAUACAGUUUUGUCCAUCAACUAAAGGCACAACUAGAUACCUCACUUCUACUGGUGCUGAUGGAACAAUUUGUUUCUGGCAAUGGCACGUAAAAACAAUGAAAUUUAGAGAUCGUCCAGUAAAAUUUACUGAGACCAGACCUGGAGUUCAGAUAUCUUGUUCAUCUUUCAGUUCCGGUGGUAUGUUCAUUACAACAGGUAGCACUGACCAUGUUAUUAGAAUAUACUAUUUGGGUUCUGAGACACCAGAGAAAAUUGCUGAAUUAGAAUCACACAUGGACAAAGUUGUUGCUGUUCAGUUCUGUAACAAUGGAGACAGUUUAAGAUUUGUUAGUGGAAGUAGAGAUGGAACAGCAAGAAUCUGGCAAUAUCAACAACAAGAACGGAAGAGUAUAGUGCUGGAUAUGGCUACUAAAAUGAGUGGGAGUAAUUUGACAUCUGCAGAAGACAAAGUCACUAAACUGAAGGUGACUAUGGUGGCUUGGGAUCGUUAUGACACCACUGUUAUUACUGCAGUGAACAAUUUCCUUUUGAAAGUUUGGAAUUCUGUCACAGGACAGCUUCUUCAUACUUUGUCUGGGCAUGACAAUGAAGUAUUUGUUCUAGAAGCACAUCCAUUUGAUCAAAGGAUCAUACUUUCAGCAGGUCAUGAUGGGAACAUUUUUAUUUGGGACCUUGAUCGAGGAACCAAAAUUCGAAAUUACUUUAAUAUGAUUGAAGGCCAAGGUCAUGGGGCAGUGUUUGAUUGUAAAUUUUCACCAGAUGGAAACCAUUUUGCCUGUACAGAUUCUCAUGGGCAUUUGUUGCUAUUUGGCUUUGGAUGCAGUAAAUACUACGAAAAGAUUCCAGAUCAGAUGUUUUUCCACACUGAUUAUCGGCCACUUAUCAGAGAUGCAAAUAACUACGUAUUGGAUGAGCAAACUCAACAAGCACCUCACCUCAUGCCUCCCCCGUUCUUGGUGGAUGUCGAUGGAAAUCCGCAUCCUACAAAAUUUCAACGGCUGGUACCAGGAUGGGAAAAUUGUAAAGAUGAACAGCUUAUUCCACAGUUGGGAUAUGUGGCUAAUGGUGAUGGUGAGGUGGUAGAACAGGUAAUUGGGCAGCAAACCAAUGACCAAGAAGAAAGCAUUCUUGAUGGAAUAAUCAGAGAGUUACAGAGAGAACAAGAUCUUAGACUAAUUAAUGAAGGAGAUGUUCCAAUUUUUCCAAUUAAUAGAUCAUAUUCUGUUAAUGGUGCUCUGAGUAGUCCAAAUAUGAACAUAUCUUCUUCCCCAAAUAUUGGGCUUCGGCGUAGUGGUCCAAUUGAAGGAGUUCGGCAAAUGCAUAACAAUGCUCCUAGGAGCCAGAUGGCCACUGAACGAGAUCUUAUGGCCUGGAGCAGAAGAGUGGUGGUAAAUGAACUAAAUACUGGAGUUAGUAGGGUGCAAGAAGAAUGUCGGAGUGCAAAAGGUGACCUAGAAAUUAGCCUUUAUACAGUUGAAAAGAAGAAAAAGCCAUCUUAUACUAUCCAAAGAAAUGACUAUCAACCCAGCUGCGGACGGUCUCUACGGAGGACUCAGCGCAAGCGUCAGCAUACUUAUCUAACACAGUCCAACAUAGAGCAUAAUUCACAGGCAUCAUCUCAAAAUUCAGGUGUACAGGAAGAUUCAGACAGCUCCUCAGAGGAAGAUGAAACUGUUGGCACAAGUGAUGCUUCUGUAGAAGAUCCUGUUAUUGAGUGGCAAAGUGAAAGUUCUUCCAGUGAUUCAUCAAGUGAAUAUUCUGAUUGGACAGCAGAUGCUGGGAUAAAUUUGCAGCCUCCUAAAAGACAAACUAGAAAGGCUACACAGAAAAUAUACAGCAGCUCUGAAGAUGAAAAUUUAAAGUCUUUAGACGAUAGACAGAAGAAACCCAAACAGACUAGAAAGAAGAAAGGGGGAGUUGUUUCCAUGGCAGGCGAACCCAAUGAAGAAUGGUUUGCCCCUCAGUGGAUCUUGGAUACCAUACCACGGCGUUCUCCAUUCGUCCCACAGAUGGGAGAUGAGCUUAUCUAUUUUAGGCAAGGACAUGAAGCUUAUGUGAGAGCUGUAAGGAAAUCGAAAAUAUAUAGUGUUAAUUUACAAAAACAGCCAUGGAACAAAAUGGAUCUCAGGGAGCAAGAAUUUGUUAAGAUUGUAGGAAUCAAAUAUGAGGUUGGACCACCUACACUAUGCUGCUUGAAACUUGCACUUUUGGAUCCCAUUUCAGGCAAAAUGACUGGAGAGUCUUUUUCCAUUAAGUAUCAUGACAUGCCAGAUGUCAUUGAUUUCCUUGUGUUACAUCAGUUUUAUAAUGAAGCCAAAGAAAGAAACUGGCAGAUUGGUGAUAGAUUCCGCAGUAUAAUAGAUGAUGCCUGGUGGUUUGGAACUGUGGAAAGUCAGCAGCCUUUUCAGCCAGAGUAUCCUGAUAGCUCUUUCCAGUGUUACAGUGUUCACUGGGACAAUAAUGAAAGAGAAAAGAUGAGCCCCUGGGAUAUGGAGCCAAUUCCAGAAGGAACUGCUUUUCCAGAUGAAGUUGGUGCUGGUGUUCCUGUGUCCCAGGAAGAACUGACUGCUUUGCUAUAUAAACCCCGGGAAGGAGAGUGAGGAGCUCAUUCCAGAGACGAGGAAUGUGAACGAGUUAUUCAGGGCAUCAACCACCUUCUUUCCCUGGAUUUUGCCAGCCCUUUUGCUGUUCCAGUGGAUCUCAGUGCCUACCCCUUGUAUUGUACUGUAGUUGCUUAUCCAACUGACCUCAAUACCAUCAGACAAAGACUUGAAAAUCGCUUUUACAGGAGAAUAUCUGCAUUAAUGUGGGAGGUACGCUAUAUUGAACAUAAUGCUAGGACUUUCAAUGAGCCAGAUAGUCCUAUAGUUAAAUCAGCCAAGAUUGUGACUGAUGUCUUACUUCGAUUUAUUGGGGAUCAGAACUGUACUGAUAUUUUGGAUACUUAUAAUAAAAUCAAGGCAGAAGAACUAAACAGCAGUGAUGCAGAGGAGGAUACAGAAAUGGUUGAUUUAGAUUCAGAUGGCCCUGGAACUUCAUCUGGAAGAAGGGUCAAAUGCCGAGGCAGAAGACAGUCUUCCAAGUGUAAUCCCGAUGCGUGGAAAAAACAGUGCAAAGAACUACUGAGCCUCAUUUAUGAACGUGAAGAUUCAGAGCCAUUUCGACAGCCAGCAGAUCCUCAGUCUUACCAAGCUCAGCAACAGCAAGAAGGAGAACCCUCAGCCUCUGCUCUUCCAGAUACACAAGAUCCAUCUCAUUCUGAGGAUUAUCAAGAUGUUAUAGACACACCUAUGGACUUCAGCACUGUGAAAGAAACUUUGGAAUCAGGAAAUUAUGAUAGUCCUCUGGAAUUUUAUAAAGAUGUUCGCCAAAUAUUCAGCAACUCCAAAGCUUAUACUUCUAAUAAAAAGUCAAGGGUCUAUAGCAUGACGCUGAGAUUGUCAGCCUUAUUUGAAAAUCACAUUAAAAAUAUCAUCUCUGAAUAUAAGUCAGCAAUCCAAAGUCAGAAGAGGAGAAGGCCACGGUAUAGAAAGCGCCUGAGAAGCAGCAGCAGCUCAUUAUCUAGCAGCAGAGCUCCUAGUCCAAAAGGGAAACAGAAGCAAAUGAAGUUACAGCCUAAAAAUGACCAGAAUACCUCAGUGUCUCAAGCCAGGACUAGUUCUCCUUUUUCUUCUCCUGUUUCAGAUGCUGCUGAAGGUGUUUCACUAUAUCUACUUGAUGAUGAAGGAGAUGGACCAUUUUCUCCAUCGAGUUUCAGUGGAUAUAGCCGAAAUGGAAAUAGCCAUGACCCAAGGAAAGCCAAAUCAUUUCGUAAUAGAGUUUUACCAGUUAAACAAGAUCACUCCGUUGAUGGGCCUCUUACAAAUGGUGAUGGCAGGGAACCCCGAACAGGAGCCAAAAGAAAGCUACUCAGUGCAUCAGAAGAGGAGGAAAACAUGGGAGGAGAAGAAAAAGAGAUGAAAGAAACAAAAGAAAAAGCACAUUUAUCCUCCUCCGAGAGUGGAUCCAGUUUAAGUUCAGAAAGUACCUGUGGCUCUGACUCUGACUCUGAAUCUACUUCCAGAACAGAUCAAGAUUAUGUAGAUGGAGAUCAUGACUAUAGCAAAUUCAUACAAACCAGACCUAAAAGAAAACUCAGAAAACAGCAUGCCAAUGGAAAAAGAAACUGGAAGAUGAGAGGCACAGGAGGAAGAGGCAGAUGGGGAAGAUGGGGUAGAUGGAGUAGAGGAGGCAGAGGAAGAAGUGGCAGGGGACGAGGGGGUCGAGGAAGAGGUUCAGGUGCGGGGAGAGGGAGAGGCCGAGGGAGGGGAGGAAGAGGAGCCUCUAGAGGAGCCACCAGAGCCAAACGAGCACCUGUUGCAGAUGACGAAUUUGAUACGAUGUUUUCAGGACGUUUCAGUAGACUUCCUCGGAUUAAAACAAGAAACCAAGGCAGAAGGACUGUUUUAUAUAAUGAUGAUUCAGAUAAUGACAAUUUUGUGUCCACUGAGGAUCCUCUGAAUCUUGGUACAUCCAGAUCAGGCAGAGUACGUAAAAUGACAGAAAAAGCCAGGGUUAGCCAUCUCAUGGGAUGGAAUUAUUAACAGUUAAUGAAUUUAGAAUAAUUUUUAAAAAUAAAAUCAAUGGCCUUCUACUGCAGGGAAUUUACCAGAAAAUCAACAAAGCAAGUUGUGUGGGGACUUCUGCUUCCUUUCACAUUGGUGCUUUUCCAUUAUGCCAGUAUACAUUUGUUUCAAGACUUUUAAUCUCCACACUUCAUUUGUUCAAACAAGCCUUACUCAUUAGGCCUUAAAUUAAAACAAAUUCUUCCCACACAUAUACAUGUGUGCACAUACGCAUGCAUGGACAUUUGCACACAAGCGUGCACACACACAUACACACACACACCACAGACACACUACAGAUUUACUACAUUAAAGGAGCAUUCUGCUUCUUAAGAGUAGCAUGACAUUUUUAUCUCAAUAAGAUAUCCCUCUUUGCUUUUGUAUCACAGAAGUAUAGCACCUUCUUACAGAGUUUUAUAUAGUUUGUUUUUGCCAUUUUGAUUCCUAUACCCAGUAAUAAUAACUUUUGCACAAUACACUAAUCCUAAAGGCAGCUAUUAAAUGUUUACAGUUUCUAUAUUGUAAGAACGAUCUGGAUUAUUUUACUUUUCCCAGGCCAAACUUUCAUGAACUGUACUGAACUGAAGUAUAUAUUUAUACUGCAGUUUUGGGGUGGGGUGGGGGUAUCUUGAUAAGCUUUUCAUUGAUUUGCUUAAAUUCACGUUUAAGGUGAGAAAGGGUUGGUACCUUGUAAAUAUGUAGCAAAUCUUUGUGGUGUGUCCUGAUGUAUGCAUUAACUUUAUUAAAAGAGAAUACUUGAGGUAUCAAUCUAGA